ACAGUCUGUGGUGUGACCGGCAGCGACGGGGCCUCCGGCCUUCGGCCUUGGGGCCUUGCCUCGUGUUAUCUGAUUCCAAAAGUAGACUGUAUUCAAAAGUACAGACUACAGAGUGCGUUCGAUGAACACGAUAUUAAGAGUAAUAGAUACUAAUUGUAUUAUUUGAAGUAAAAAAGUGUGUCUUAUUUCAUAAUAUCAUGAAAUUUAAAUAAAAAUAUAGCACCAAAAUAUACCAGACAAAAAGCAACCAAAAAUGUAUGUACAACUUUUGAAAAUGAUUGGGUUCACACUUUUGAUGCUAUUCUCUUUAACGCCAAAUUUUGCUGAAUCUGCAAAUAUUUUGUACAUAAUACCUUUCCCAUCUAUGUCUCAUUAUAUAUAUUUAAGGUCGAUUGGAUUAGAAUUAGCUAAAAGAGGGCACAAUGUGACAGUCAUAACGACACAUUUAGAACAAAAUCCACUGCCUAACUAUCAUCAAGUACAAGUGGUUAAAAGUAAUUUCUGGGAAUUAAUUGGUGGAGAAAAACCGAAUGUCUUUGAUAUGGCAGAUAUAUCUGCUGAAGAAUUUCAUAAAAAAAUACAUUGGCCAGGCAGCAUAGGUCUAAUAAAUGUAGUAUUGUCCUCACCUGAAGUAAAAGAGUUCUUAAAGAAAGACAAUACUUUUGAUUUAGUAAUUUGCGAACAAUUUUUUCUAGAAGCUUUGCAUGCAUUGUCGGCAAAAUACAAUGCUCCGUUGGCAAUUAUAUCCACAUUUGGGAACUGCAUGAAGCAUAAUUUUGCGACGGGUAAUCCGCUUCAGUUAGCUACAGUUACAGCGGAAUAUCUAGAUGUACAUAAUCCCACAAGUUUUUGGGGCAGAUUAAGGAACUUUUACUUCACCGUCUAUGAUUAUUUUUGGUGGAAAUAUUGGUAUCUUGGCAAACAAGAAGAGCUCGUUAAAAAGUAUUUCCCAGAGUUGGGCGAUAAUACCCCAAGCCUUUAUGAAUUGCAAAGGGAUGCUGCGUUAAUGUUGAUCAAUAGUCACUUCAGCUACGAUACUCCUUCUGCGCUGUUACCAAAUAUUGUAGAAAUUGGCGGAGUUCAUCUUACUUCCAAUAAUGCAAGUCUACCAGAAGAUUUGCAAAAGCUAUUAGAUGAUUCGAAAGACGGAGUAGUAUUCGUAAGCUUUGGAUCUAAUGUUAGAAGUUCUGAAUUACCAAAACAGAAAAAGGAUGCUUUUUUAAACGUAUUUAGAGGCCUAAAACAGACUGUUUUGUGGAAAUGGGAGGAAGAUAAUUUAGAAGGAAAACCAGAUAAUUUGGUCAUACGCAAAUGGCUACCUCAAAAAGAUAUUCUUGCGCAUCCUAAUAUCAAAGUAUUUAUUGGACACGGAGGUUUAAUAGGCUUGCAAGAAACAAUAUUUAAUGGAGUCCCUGUAGUCGGUAUUCCUAUAUAUGGCGAUCAAUACAACAAUUUGCUUCUAAUUGAAGAAGCUGGUGCCGGGAAACUUUUGAAAUAUCACAAAAUAAAUGAAGAAACUUUAUAUAAAACACUUAAUGAUAUCUUAAACGAUGAUUCUUAUAUGAAAAGUGCUAAAGAUAUGCAACGAAGAUGGAAAGACAGGCCAAUGAGUCCAAUGGAUACGGCUAUGUUUUGGUUAGAAUAUGUAAUUAGAAACAAAGGUGCUGAAUACAUGAAGAAUCCUGCGAGAAAUAUGAGUUGGUUUGCGUAUACCAUGGUGGAUGUAUAUGCAUUUAUUUUAGUUAUAUUCAUAACAGUAAUAGGGAGUUUUGUUAAAUUAUUAAUCACAGUCAAAAAAUAUUUAUCUAAACCUCAGAAAAAGGUAUCCACCAAGAAAAAACGGGCAUGAUUAUCUAAUGAAAUUAAUAUAUUUUUAUGAUGAGUUCAUAUAAAUAAAAUAUGUAUGUACAAAAAAUUUAAAAAGCAUGCAGAAAAUAAUACUAUUGCUUUCUUCUCUUGUCAAAUAUUUAUCAAAAUAAUAAAAAUAACGCAAAAAUAA